UAUAUUUUCAGUGUGGAAUUUUGUGGCCAAUAAAGAUUUUAAUGUUGACAACAACUAUUUCUGAUAGUUUUAUUUUUUGUUAUGCAUAAAAUCAUCCAUAUAAAAUCCGUUCUAGGACAUUGGUGAAUAAGCCAGAGGGAAUACCGAGUACUACAAUUACUAAUUUACUAUCACAAUAUCAAUCGUAAACGUUGCCAUGGUUCCAUUUAAAUAGUAUGUGGCAACCUUUGUUCUUAUGUUGUCGAUAUGUUUGUUUAUGUACAAGAAAUUUUCAUUUCAGUUUUGAUCUGGUUCUGAUUUGUUAGAUUUGGAUGAUUCUGUGCUAUGGCUGCUGUUAGAGUUCAAAACUACUUGAAAAAACAUAAAAUAGGACCAUUGUUAGAGUCGUUAAUGGCAAGAGUUAUUCAAGAUAUGCCUGACGAUCCAAUUGGAUAUUUUCUCAAAGUAUUGCAAAACAUUCAUGAAAAACAAUCGACGCAUUUUAAUGAUGCAAGAGAAAGCAACUCACCAAGACCUUCAUCUCGUCCAUCCACUGGCUCUCUAGACAACACUGGAAAUUCAGAUAACUUGGCAAAAUCAUGGAGUGUUGGUCCUGUUGUAGGAUUACAUGAGAAAACUAAGAAACAGAAUCAGUUGCAAAAAUGGAUGAGAAAUGAUUCCCAGUCCUUGACAAACAAUACGUCUAAGUCCUUGAAUCUCGGUCGUUCGCCCAAAAAUAUAUCACAAAAAUUACCUCCUUGGAAUAAUGACACAAGAGUUGCUACUCAUGAUUUUGAUGAACUGUUUCAAAUGCAAAGUCGGAUCUAUAACAUAAAUGACAAAACCUUGGAAAAAAGUGAUACAGAAAAAUAUAAAGUUCACAACUGGAAAUUGAACAAGAAAUCAUCGUCGGAAGAGAAUAUUUCAUUUCAACCCAGUGAGCAUAACACAUGGUUAGAAAAUGAACUCAGUUUAGGCCCAAAGCAAUUGUCUUCAGUCAAUGAUGCCCAGGUUGAUCAAAUAACUCUAAGAAAUUCUAAAAGAGGAAACAGCAAACACAAUCAUCAAAAACACAAACAAGACCUUCAGGCCUUGCUGUUAGAUGUGAAUGAGUCUCGGCAACAACAGAAGGGAAGCAUAGAUGUAUCAUCACUUCCGGAAUAUGGAACUGAAAUCCUAGAAAGAAUAGAAGAUUUACAACAAGAAGGUUUUGAUUGUGGCAAAGCAAAUACUGAAGGGGAACAAAAUUGGCGUAAACAUGAUCGCGAGAAAGCAAUUCCUCAGAAGACUUACGCAAGACGUGUGAGGAAGAAUAUAAGAGAGAUAGACAACGAAACAGACAAUCAGUCGAAAGUAACAAAUGAUGAUUUCAGCGCGAUGCUUUUUGACAGUUUAACAAACAAGAAGAAAGAUAACAACUUUGACGACAAUUCAUCAGAAACAAGCGAGAAAAUCUUCAAUACACACAUUAAUUUGAGAGGGCAGAAAUACUGGCCUCUGACUGACAGUGAAAAUGAGUCCACGUCACAAAAUAAUGUAGAGUUUGAGAGAAACCUAAGACGAUUUACUCCAAAUGGAGACAGAAAGGCUUCUAGAUUCAGUGCAGAUAAAGAAGAUGAAGAAACAGCAGCUACACCUAACUCAGUACGUAGCAACUCCAGCCUUUUCGAUUUCCCUAAUUCUUUGCGAAAUCAAGGAUGGAAAGUUAACGAAAUCUCAGACAAUGAGAGCAACCUAAUGAUGGAUCCAAGCUCAAAAUUAAACACUAGAUCCCAGAGCAGUAUGAAAGGUCGGAUAUGGCCAAGCAGAGGUUUGGAGAUAAAUAGUGACGAAGAUACAUUAUGAAUCGUCUAAGAGAUUUCGUUGAUUAACUAGUGGCGUAAAAAGUCGUAUGUAAAAAACGUACGAGAUAUAAAAAGUGAAUAACCAUGCCACUAAUUGUAACUUCCAUAAUGUAAACAGUAACAAACUUUGAGGAAAGUCCAUAUACAAACUUACCAAUUCUGUGUGGACGAGGUUUUACAGCAGCUUAAAACAUAUCUUAUUUCAAAGAUUUCGCCAUUUUUUUGACCGUAAUUUGCAAACGUUACGCUUGCUUUAACUCAUGCAAUUAGAUUUUUAAUGUUUAGCUACGGAAAAUACAUAAAUACUGUACAACAGUACAAGAACUAAUAAACACGACCAAAAAUUCAAA